AUGCAAGUCCCUCUAUUCCGACUCCAAUGCGGAGUCAACAGCUACGACUGGGGCAAAGUAGGCAAGGAGUCCGCUGCGGCCAUGUUCGCCGCCGCAACCCCCGCCGAUGAUUUCUCCAUCCAAGAAGACAAGCCUUACGCCGAGCUAUGGAUGGGCACACAUCCCUCCAACCCCUCCAAAGACCUCAUCACGAAACGAUCUCUGCUCGACCUCGUUCAAGACAACCAGGCACUCCUCUCAAUAGCAGUCGGCGAAAAGUUCGGCCACAAGCUUCCUUUUCUCUUCAAGGUUCUCUCCAUCGGAAAAGCGCUCAGCAUCCAAGCACAUCCCAAUAAGAAGCUAGCCGAGAAGCUGCAUGCGAAGGACAGCAAGAACUAUCCCGAUGACAACCAUAAACCUGAGAUGACGAUUGCGAUUACACCCUUCGAUGGACUAUGCGGGUUCAGACCUUUGGCCGAGAUAUCGCAUUUCUUGUCUACGGUGCCAUCGCUCAAGAAGCUGGUUGGGAGUGAGGUGGAAGCGUUCACAUCUACGGUCAGGGGACAAGAGACGUCUGAUAAGCCCGAAGACGAAGAAAAGAACAAAGAGGCCUUACAAAAAGCUUUUGGCGCUCUCAUGAAUGCAAAGAAAGAGGACGUAGAAGCAGCAGGCAAGGAAUUGAUCGAGUCCGCGACACAAGAAGGUGCCGAUUUUGCAGGCGGUGGUGUUGAAGCCACACCUGGCCAGGAGCUCGCAGAUCUGGUAGUCAGACUCGACAAGCAGUUUCCAGGAGACGUCGGGCUUUUUGUUCUCUUUUUCUUAAACUAUGUGAAGCUGGAGGUCGGAGAGGCCAUGUUUCUCAAGGCAGACGAUAUCCAUGCCUAUCUGAGCGGGGAUAUCAUCGAGUGUAUGGCGGCAUCUGACAACGUCGUUCGUGCAGGCUUCACGCCGAAGUUCAAGGACGUUGAUACGUUGGUCGAUAUGCUGACAUACUCUUACGCACCUAUUGAGGAGCAGAAGAUGGAGCCAGUCGACUAUCCAUACGUCACGCUCAACCCGACAGCAUACAGUUCUGCUUCAGCUGCUGUACUCUACGACCCUCCAAUUGAGGAGUUCAGCGUUGUGAAAACGGACCUGAAGAAGAGGGGUGCCAAGGCCACCUUCGAGCAGAUCGCUGGACCGAGUAUUUUCAUCUGUACAACUGGUAGCGGGAAGAUUAGUGUCGGCCCAAAAGUCGAGGAAGUCAAGGCCGGCUAUGUGUAUUUUGUAGGAUCAACUGCCGAAGUAGUAUUGGAGAGCGAAAGUGAGAAUUUCACUACGUUCAAGGCUUUCUGCGAAUUGCAUGACAAGGAGGACGGGAAGGAAAAGUUGUGA